CGACUUGGGCAAUCGACUCACGCCGUCGUUCGUGGCCUUUACGGAUACCGAACGACUCGUCGGAGACCCCGCCAAAGUCCAGGCAGAACUCAACCCGGAAAACACUGUUUUCGAUGUGAAGCGAUUGAUUGGGCGCCGCUUUGACGAUUCCAAGGUGCAGGAAGAUAUAAAGCUGUGGCCAUUCACAGUCGUCAAUGAGGAUGGCAAACCUAAGGUCCAAGUUCAAUUCAAGGGCAAAUGCAACAGUUUCUUCCCUGAAGAAAUAAGCGCCAUGGUCCUGUCGAAACUGAAAAGCUCGGCUGAGGAUUAUCUAGGAUUGAAAGUGCACAAUGCCGUGGUGACCGUGCCAGCAUAUUUCAACGAUUCUCAGCGCCAGGCUACCAUAGACGCUGGCAUUAUCGCAGGGCUUAACGUGGUGCGAAUCAUCAACGAACCGACCGCCGGUGCGCUCGCUUACGGUCUCGACAACACAGAAGAAGAGCGAAAUGUGCUAGUUUUCGAUUUGGGAGGUGGAACUUUCGAUGUCUCUGUGCUAAUCAUAGGAGACGGCAUGAUUGAAGUCUGCGCCUCGACUGGACACACGCAUCUUGGCGGUGAAGACUUCGACUCGCGUCUGUUGGAGCACUUCGCCACCGAGUUCACCAGAAAGCACGGGCUUGAUAUGUCCGGGAACAGCAAGGCCUUACGAAGACUGAGAACGGCGUGUGAGCGAGCCAAACGGAUGCUUUCGUCAGCGGCGCAGACCAGCGUAGAAUUGGUCGCACUGCACGGCGGCAAGGACCUACAAGCGGUCAUCACUCGCAAGCGCUUCGAGGAGCUUAAUCAGGACCUGUUCCAAAUGAUUCAAGACAUCCUGCAACACGUGCUGUUAGAAGCUGAGAUUGAUAAAGAGGACAUAGCAGAAGUGGUGCUACUUGGAGGAUCGACUCGAAUCCCGUAUAUUCAGCAGAUGGUGCGGGCGUUCUUCGGAAAAGAACCGAACAAGACGAUUAAUCCGGACGAGGCCGUCGCUCACGGUGCAGCCAUUCAAGCCGCUAUAAUGGACGGCAAUACUUCUGGGACAAUCUCUAACCUGGUUCUCGUCGAUGUGGUCCCUUUUUCUCUCGGCAUCAAAGUGUUUGGAGAUAUUAUGAAUGUAAUUAUUAAACGAAACACGGCCAUCCCCACUAAACACACCGAGAAGUAUCGUACCGCCGUUGAUAACCAAACCAAUAUCCCGAUCAUGGUAUAUGAAGGAGAGAGAAUGAUGACAGCUGAUAAUAAUCUACUCGGCCAGUUUAUGAUGUCAGGGGUUCCACGAAUGCCGGCAGGCAGAGCUAAAGUGGACGUAACAUUUGCGAUAAACGCCGAUGGGAUCCUUCACGUUUCGGCAGUGCAACCCAUCACACAAAAAAAGAAUCAGAUAACGAUUACUAGCAAGAAAGGACGGCUGUCGCAAGAGGAGAUCUCACAGUUAGUGCGGAAGGCUGAAGCCAUGAAGCAGGAUGAUAAGGUUAGACGACAGGAGGCCGUGGCGAGGAACGAGCUGGAAAGCACCUGUCGGCGCGGUUUACGCGCAAGACAGGCUAACGUCAGGGAUAAGAGCCAGACGCUGCUGGCGUGGCUAGCUGAUGCCGGAGCCAAUGCGCAGAUUGAAGAUAUCUUAGCUAAACAACUGGAGUUGGAACUACUCCUGGCUAACUUGAAUAUAUAAAUUGCGAAAGGAUGACCAUUGCACAUGUCGUAUAUGUAAGUGAACUUGAAGUAGACUCACUUCUAACCCUGUAAAAGUUACUAUAGUAAUAAACCUUCUUACUUUUACCACCACGUCACGGGAAGUCGUGGUGGUGUGAAACUUCUACUCACUGAAGACAUCGGGGUAUGCGUGGUAUACGAUCCACGGCCACGUUUGUGCUUGUCCACCACUGCCGACCCAUCUCAGGAGGGGACUUCACCAUCUCUCACCACCGUUAGUGCUAUGCCGGGAAUACUUGACACGCCAACCAACCCGUGAACCCUUAUCCAGUGAGUGACAAAAGCUCUUCUGUAUGCCAUUGUCGUCUGUAAAUUCUGGAUAAACAAAAUGAAACUGCGAGGGAUAUGGUUUCGUGUAUAGAGUAGAAUACAAUGGAAAAUCAUUUAAUCGACGAAGGCAAAAAUACAUAAAAGAAAAGGUAAAAACAUUAAAAUAGAAAUCAAAAUAAAUCGUGUCGUGUUGAGUCAGGGGGUCUGUAGUUUCGUUCUUCGUCCGUCAUCCG